AUGAUCAUAAUCGCAAAUGUUGUUUUCUGUGCUGCCCUCGUUUUGGUCGCAUUGACAAAUUAUCCAGGUGGAUUGGCGAUUACUAAGUUUCAUAAGCUUCUGAAAAAUGAGCCAUUCGUACAUGUACAUAUAUAUAACUUAACUAUUGAAGAAACAACAAAUGAAAGUGACAAAGAAAUCUCAAAAGUGAUUACAGAAAUAGACGAAGAAAUUAAAUUUGAGGAUAAUAUAGUUGAAGAUUUCAUUCAAAAACCUAAAAAAGCGACUAACGAUUUCAAAUCUUACAGACAAGAACGAAAGAAAAAAGCAGCUGACAAAAUAAAAUCGGAAACCCGUAGAGCGGUUGUAGCGUCUGCCAAAGAAAAGUUGAGAGAAAUUAUGAAAAGACACAAGCAUAUUGCUGACGGUCUUUCCGGAACUGUAAUAUCUGAUCAUAAGAUUGAAGUUAAGAAAGAAGACGGAAGAGGGGAUACACCGGAAAUAGAAACUGUAUUAGAGGAAGAAACCACUAAAGUUGUUAGUGAACCAAAGAUUGAAUCUGAACCGAUACAGGAUGAAAAUGUCACAGUGGAAAAGUUUAUUGAAAACGCAGAUAAUCGCACUAAUGAAAAUGUAGAUGCCAUAGUUGAAGAGGUUAUUGUCAGGCUAAUAGAUAGGAAAAUUUACGACGAUAAAACUAAACCAGAGGAUAUCAAAGGGGAAGAUAGACAAAUAAUACAGAAAAUCGUGGAAGAAGUGCUUGCUGAAAAAAUGAGCUAUAAUUCUAGUAAAGAAAACAAAAUCAAUAUAAGUAUU